AGAUGAUCAAUAAACACUUAAUAAAGUAUAUUCUUAUAAAGAUCUUUUAAAUUUUUAAUCCGCAAACAUGUAUAGCAGUUUUGGUAAAAUGAAGUUAUCAGAAAAAUAAUCAGCUCCAAUAUAUGGAUUUGGAACUGCUGGCAGAUAAUAAUAAUAAAAAGUAUUUUAAAGCAAAGAAUUAGCAAAAUAGAAUUUUGUUGGUAAAUAUUUUAUUUUUAAAAAUCCUAUAAUUAAUUGUUUUUUUUUAAAAAAAAGGAAAAACUUCUCCAGGACCUGCAUAUAAUAUUAGAGGUAGUGAUACUUUCAUUUUUAAAAAUAAUCCAGAAUGGGUAAUUGGUACAUAAUAAAGAAAUACAUUAAAUACAGGCGCAAAAUAUGACUAUUAUUUGAGAUAAGAUAAAGAUUUUUAUCCAAAUAAUGCCGAUGUAAAUAGAAGAUCUCAACCUCCUAAUGUUAAAAUUGGAUUAGAAUUGAGAUUCUAAAAUGAUCCCAGAAGAUAAAGAGGUACUCCAGGACCUUAAUAUAAUCCUUCAUUUAGAUAUGAUUAAAAAAAUCCUCCAAAGUUUACAUUUGGUUAAAAAAGAGAAGUUGCAGGCUAAUCUCCUUUAGUUUAUAUGGGUUCAACUCCUAAUUUAGUCGGACCAGGUAGUUAUAUUUUAAAAAAUGUUCCUAAAACUUCAAAAAUAUAAAAUGAACCUAAGUAUUCUAUACCUAAGGCAAAAAGAUUCGUAAAUUAAAAUCAAAAUUGGUCAAUUUCACAUAUUAAUUAACCGUAAAAUAUUAAUAUAUGCAAAUUAAUAAAUUGGUAUAUAUUAAUUAUUUAGAUAAUCGAAUGGAGUUUAAUAUAACUCAAAAAAAAAUUCGAAUCCAUAAUUUACUAUCGGAAAAUCAACUAGAGGUAUAUUUAUUUAAUCUUUUAUCAUAAUUUUUUUUGA